UCCGCCGCCUCUUCCUCCUCCCGUGGGCGUGCACGGGGCUGCGCGCCGGGGCGGGGAGGGAGCUCUGCCCUGGCUAGGCGGCGGGGCCCCGGCUGCUGCUGCUGAACACCGGCUCGGCGCAGCCGGGUCUGCCUGCCUCACCGCGGUGUGACAGGUGCAGAGUCGGGGCUGAGGACCCACCUGCGGCCGGCGCGGCGAUGCCCACCAUGCGGAGGACGGUGUCGGAGAUCCGCUCGCGUGCGGAGGGUUAUGAGAAAACGGAUGAUGUAUCAGAGAAGACCUCAUUAGCUGACCAGGAAGAAAUACGAACUAUAUUUAUCAACCAGCCUCAGCUGACGAAAUUCUGCAACAACCAUGUCAGCACUGCAAAAUACAACAUAAUCACAUUUCUUCCAAGAUUUCUCUACUCUCAGUUCAGAAGAGCUGCUAAUUCAUUUUUUCUCUUUAUUGCACUGCUGCAGCAAAUACCUGAUGUGUCACCAACGGGUCGUUAUACAACACUGGUUCCUCUCUUAUUUAUUUUAGCUGUGGCCGCUAUCAAAGAGAUAAUAGAAGAUAUUAAACGACACAAGGCUGACAAUGCGGUAAAUAAGAAACAGACCCAAGUGUUGAGAAAUGGUGCUUGGGAAAUUGUUCAUUGGGAAAAGGUGGCAGUAGGGGAAAUAGUGAAGGUGACCAAUGGGGAACAUCUCCCAGCAGAUCUCAUCAGUCUGUCCUCCAGUGAACCUCAGGCCAUGUGCCACAUUGAAACGUCCAACUUAGAUGGUGAAACGAACUUGAAAAUAAGACAGGGCUUGCCAGCAACCUCAGACAUCAAAGACAUUGAAAGUUUGAUGAGAAUUUCUGGCAGAAUUGAGUGUGAGAGUCCAAACAGACAUCUCUAUGAUUUUGUUGGAAAUAUCCGACUUGAUGGGCACGGCACUAUUCCCCUGGGCGCAGAUCAGAUCCUUCUUCGAGGUGCUCAGCUGAGAAACACGCAGUGGGUCCACGGGAUCGUUGUCUACACUGGACAUGACACCAAGCUGAUGCAGAACUCAACGAGUCCUCCACUUAAGCUCUCAAACGUGGAACGGAUUACAAAUAUGCAGAUUCUGAUCCUAUUUUGUAUCCUGAUUGCCAUGUCUCUUGUCUGCUCCGUGGGCUCAGCCAUUUGGAAUCGAAGGCAUUCUGGGAGGGACUGGUAUCUCAACCUAAGCUAUGGUGGCGCUAAUAAUUUUGGACUGAAUUUCUUGACCUUCAUUAUCCUUUUCAACAACCUCAUUCCUAUCAGCUUGUUGGUUACAUUAGAAGUGGUGAAAUUUACUCAGGCAUACUUCAUAAAUUGGGAUCUGGACAUGCACUAUGAACCCACAGACACUGCUGCCAUGGCCAGAACGUCAAAUCUGAAUGAGGAACUUGGUCAGGUUAAAUACAUAUUUUCGGACAAGACUGGCACCUUGACAUGCAAUGUAAUGCAGUUUAAGAAGUGCACCAUAGCAGGAGUUGCUUAUGGCCAUGUCCCCGAACCAGAGGAUUAUGGCUGCUCCCCUGAUGAAUGGCAGAGCUCACAGUCUGGAGAUGAAAAAACAUUUAGUGACUCAUCAUUGCUGGAAAAUCUCCAAAGUAAUCAUCCAACCGCUCCUAUCAUCUGUGAAUUUCUCACAAUGAUGGCAGUCUGUCACACGGCAGUACCUGAACGCGAGGGUGACAAGAUUAUUUAUCAAGCAGCAUCUCCAGAUGAGGGAGCCUUGGUCAGAGCAGCCAAACAAUUGAAUUUUGUUUUCACUGGAAGAACACCCGACUCAGUGAUUAUUGAUUCACUGGGACAGGAAGAAAGAUAUGAAUUACUCAAUGUCUUGGAGUUCACCAGCGCCAGAAAAAGAAUGUCAGUGAUUGUUCGCACUCCGUCCGGGAAGUUACGACUUUACUGCAAAGGAGCUGACACUGUCAUUUAUGAGCGACUAGCAGAGACUUCAAAAUACAAAGAAAUUACCUUAAAACACUUGGAACAAUUUGCUACAGAAGGGCUUAGGACGUUGUGUUUUGCUGUGGCUGAGAUUUCAGAGAGCGACUUUCAGGAGUGGCGCAAGGUGUACCAGCGUGCCUCGACGGCUGUGCAGAACAGGCUGCUCAAGCUUGAAGAGAGCUACGAGCUCAUUGAGAAGAAUCUUCAGCUACUUGGAGCUACGGCCAUUGAAGAUAAACUACAAGAUCAAGUACCUGAAACCAUAGAAACCCUAAUGAAAGCAGACAUCAAAAUCUGGAUCCUUACAGGAGACAAGCAAGAAACUGCCAUCAACAUUGGACACUCUUGCAAACUUCUGAAGAAGAACAUGGGAAUGAUUGUUAUAAAUGAAGGCUCCCUGGAUGAUACAAGGGAGACCCUCAGCCGUCACUGCACUAACCUCGGCGAUGCUCUUGGCAAAGAGAAUGACUUUGCUCUUAUUAUUGAUGGGAAAACACUGAAGUAUGCCUUAACCUUUGGAGUACGACAGUAUUUCCUGGACCUAGCCUUGUCAUGCAAAGCUGUUAUUUGCUGCAGGGUUUCUCCUCUUCAAAAAUCGGAAGUCGUGGACAUGGUUAAAAAACAAGUCAAAGUCAUAACACUUGCCAUUGGUGAUGGAGCAAAUGACGUCAGCAUGAUACAGACAGCUCACGUUGGUGUGGGGAUAAGUGGCAAUGAAGGCCUGCAGGCAGCUAAUUCUUCUGACUACUCUAUUGCACAGUUCAAGUAUUUGAAAAAUUUAUUGAUGGUUCAUGGUGCCUGGAACUAUAACCGAGUCUCCAAAUGCAUUUUGUAUUGCUUCUACAAGAACAUCGUCCUCUAUAUAAUUGAGAUCUGGUUUGCCUUUGUUAAUGGUUUCUCUGGACAGAUCCUGUUUGAAAGAUGGUGCAUAGGUCUAUAUAAUGUGAUGUUUACAGCAAUGCCGCCCUUAACUCUUGGAAUAUUUGAGCGAUCAUGCAGAAAAGAGAAUAUGUUGAAGUACCCCGAGUUGUACAAGACAUCUCAGAACGCCCUGGAUUUCAACACCAAGGUUUUCUGGGUUCAUUGUUUAAAUGGCCUCUUCCACUCAGUUAUUCUGUUUUGGUUUCCACUAAAAGCCCUUCAGUAUGGUACUGUGUUUGGAAAUGGCAAAACCUCUGAUUAUCUACUGCUGGGGAACUUUGUUUACACGUUUGUUGUGAUAACUGUGUGCUUGAAAGCUGGACUGGAGACAUCAUACUGGACAUGGUUCAGCCACAUAGCAAUCUGGGGCAGCAUCGCGCUCUGGGUGGUGUUUUUUGGGAUCUACUCAUCACUGUGGCCUGCCGUCCCGAUGGCCCCUGACAUGUCGGGGGAGGCAGCCAUGUUGUUCAGCUCUGGAGUCUUUUGGACGGGUUUGUUGUUCAUCCCUGUGGCAGCCUUGCUUCUUGAUGUGGCGUACAAGGUCAUCAAGAGGACCGCUUUUAAAACAUUAGUAGAUGAAGUGCAGGAACUGGAGGCAAAAUCUGAAGACCCAGGAGCCGUUGUGCUUGGGAAAAGCCUCACCGAGCGAGCACAGCUGCUCAAGAAUGUGUUUAAGAAGAACCAUGUGAACCUGUACCGGUCCGAGUCACUGCAACAAAACCUGCUCCAUGGAUAUGCCUUCUCUCAAGAUGAGAAUGGGAUCGUUUCACAAUCUGAAGUGAUUCGAGCCUAUGACACCACAAAACAGAGGCCUGACGAAUGGUGAUGGCAAGGGGCAGGGAGGCAGGCCCAGCUCUGUCUCCAAGGAGAGCUACAGGUCGUCACCACAGUCUGCCAACCCGGUCCAUCUGGGUCCACAGGGAAGACAGGUGGAUCUGGGCUUGUCUCCCAGGCGGACCUGCAGAUGCGUGUAUGUCGUAGACAUGAGCACUGUGCGAAUACUGUAACAUCAUCGCUCUCCGAUUUUUAAAGUCUUUGCUAAGUCUUUGUAAAAAGCAGUUGAAAGUGAUCUUGUGUCUCACCAGAGUGCUUUCUUAAAUGGAAAUAGGUCGGCGUUCUCACACCAUUAGACUGUAACUAUCAGUUUAUUGGCUCUGCCCCACAGUGACUAAGCAUUGCAACAACUCUGCAGUGAUAUGAAGUUAAAAGGGACUCUUGAUAAGCAGACAUACAUGUGCUGGUACUAAUCAGCAUGAAGGACCUGACUCAACUUACUGAGCAUUUCUGAACGAGGCAUUAUUAUUACUUUGUGUUUGUGUCAAAGCUGUCUUGAUAAAUGUUUGCCAAAGAAGUUCAGGAUGGGGAUUUCUCACUCGGUAGUCAUUUGCUCAGACAUUUCAGAGAAAGCUUACUUCGAGUCCUGCUGUGAGAUCUGCAUGCUUGACUUCCCAGUCUAAGAGUGAUUUUGCAAAAUGACUGUCUCAAGGCAUUGGCUACUAAAAUCUGCAAUGUUGCACCUUCGGCCUUACAAAUGCUGCUUUGUUGUCUGUCUUGUUGACCUGUGGGAGGGCACCAGUGUUCCAGUGGCUCCGUCAUUAGCAAUGCUGAUCUUCAAAACUGUGUCUGUGUCUCUGUCACUUCUGAGGAUGUUUUGUCACCCUUUAGAUUUUUCUUCAAAAUCUGGCUUCUGCUGUAGAUUGUGUGAUGUUAUUUUGUCUUUAAGUUCUCCUUCUUAAGAAAAAUAGGCUUACCUAUUAAUGUGGAGUUUCCCAGUCUUCUGUCUAGGUGUCUGAUAACGUGUUUGAUAAAUGCAUGGGCUUCUGUCAUGUACGCAGUCUCGGCUCUUGUGAUGUGUCUUGGUUCUCUUCACUUGCUUCCCUGGAGAUGCCUGCUGUCCUGGGUAGCAAACUCAGUGUGACUGUGAUGGUCCCUGUGCUUGAGACCCAUAGUUAACAUCACCAAUCCCUUAGCAAGCAGUUCCCCAAAUUGCCCACAGGCUGAUUGUUGGGAUAAAGCAGUGGUGCACUUCCGGUGUUUUGAAAACACGCGUUUAACUCAAGCCUGUACCUUUACAGAAAACACCAGUCCUACGUGGAUUUUAUUUGCAUAUUUGAAAUGAAUGUCUAGUUUACCUUGAACAUUUCUGAGACAUGUCCUAAAAAUGCCUAUUUUGCUACCAACAAUGAAGAAGAAUUGGCCGCAGUUUUCUAUACUAUUUUUAAAGCAAAUAUUUUCAGUUAAAAAGAAGAAAGGAAUGCUCAUUUUCAGAUACAUUUCUAAGGCUGAAGCAAACUCUUUGCCUUUUUCAGAUUGCCUUUAAGUGGACUUAACCUGCAAAUAGGUAGAACUUCUUUUUAACAAAAAGAAAAUCAUCUGGAAUUGAAAAGAAAGAUUUUCUGAAUCACCCCUUGAAUUUAAUCAUUUCAUGUUCUUUUUUGCUCUUUUGCCCAAUCUAGAUUUACAAUUAGGGUGUGUAUCGCUUCCUUCUCUGUAUUUGUGAUUAUUUAGUUCCCUGUGUGCCUCCCAAUUUUGUACAAAUAAAAGAUUACAACAUACAGACAUAAUUCUAACCUACAGGGAACAACAAGUUCGAUCCUCCUCUGCCAAGACCCUUCCUGUGCGGGGUUCCGAAUGAAAGAGGCAUAAAUCAAAACAUCUGUAAGACCUCAGGUGUAGAGUUGAAGGUCAUACUCAAUGUUCUGAAGCCACAGACUUGUUACCAUCCACUGAAUGGACAUUCAGAGCUGCUUUUCCUGGGCCUCCCAGCAGUGAGAGUUGAGGUCAAACCACAAAACUCAGACAGCAAGCAUGAAGUACACCUUCCGGAAAGCGUGUGACAACAAUCCCAGAGAACAGCGAGGCCCUGAACCUGUGGCCUCCUCUCUCCAAAAUCAUGGUAGUUCUAGGAGAACUGAAUUUUCUGACUUCAGUAUGGAAACAAAAUUUAAUUUUGAUCUCAAACUGUGAAUUAUUUCAGUAGAGCUUUUCAAGACUAAAAUUCUCCUAGAUAGUAAUUUAGUGUCUGACACUGUGAUCUCAAAAUGGAAUGUGCCUGUUUUAGGCCUUUUUGACCUGAGGUCCUCGUUUUGAAUGAUCAAGUCAAUCUCUUUGCUUCUCGGGUCAGACAAGAAAGUAGGGGAUGACCUCCUGGAUAAAAAUUUAAAAUUCAUCAUUGCAGUUGUAUUCACUUUAUAAUGUUAAAUUGGAAAUGCUCUGGUAUUUUUAAACUUCCUUCAUGGGAAGAAUGCCACAUGACUUUACUAGGAUUAAAAUGAACAGUGAAGUAACUUUGAAGAUAUGUUUUCUGAAAUAAAGGACAUAGACUCUUCCCUUAAAAGUCCCUUAUAGGGACUCAGGCAGAUGCUCACAUGGUUGCUUCACGACGAUUGCUGAAAUGUCCUGAAAAACAGGAAAUGCUACUUAAAGUAGAAAUAAUUUUAACAUUAAAUAAUUAUAACAUCCUCAUAAUUUUAACAUUGAAAAGUGGGGAAUUGCUUCUUUCAUGUGGAAGAGUAACAGUUAUAGUAUUAAGCAUGAACUUUCUAAGCAUUUUAUAUACACAUAUAAAAAUUUAUUGCUGGUUCACACCCAGAAAGAUGCUAUAUUGUAGAAGUUAUUCACAGGAAACUAGUGUUUCUCAGGAACAUAGCAGAUUUAAACUGAUAGAUGAAGUUCGAAUCCUCCCAUUUCCACUCUGUGCUCAGCAUCGUGGCACACCCAGUGGAGAACCUUUUGUAAUGAAGUUUAGUGAAUGUGUAUUCUGAAAAGCAAGGAGUGCCAUUUACAGGCAUGGUAUAAUCACAACUGGAUGUAGUGAUUCCUCUGGAUUUCUAGGGGGAAAAUUAAAUUCUGAGAUAUCAAUUUGUAUUCUGAUCAUUAAUUGAUUUUGCAAUUCAGCAUUCUAAAUAUUCCAUGUGCAAAUCACACUCAUUUCUUCUACCAUAUGUGCAGUGUCCAAAACUUGCAGCAGUCACUUAAAAUGUUUGUUAGGAAGUUAGAUAUGUAUAUUUCAUGUUUUGGUUACUUAAGACAGUGUCCUAAUUAUUAACAGCUAAAAAGUCAUUGGUAUUUAUUUUUAUGCAGUUACCCUCUGAUAGUUCCCAGUUUAUAAAUUAUUUCAUCAAGUCAAUCUAAAAUCUUAUAAAUAAUCAUUUACAAAAUUUAUCAGGAGAUGACCAACUCAUUCACUUCACUAUGGGAUUCUUUUGGUGGGUUCUGAAGGUAACACCAUACAGUCCAGUGCCUAAUAAAUGCUUUUUAAUGAUUAAUAUUUCUAUAAUGCCUCUUAAAGAUACCGUAGUCUGAUUUUUCUCACAUUAAAAUAACUGUAGUGGCUUGUGGAACUUGGUUAUCCUUUGCUGCAUUUUAAUUAACCUUCAACAGCUUUUACACUGGAAUGUAGAUUAAAUUUUGAGGGAAAUAAAAUAAAUGUUUUCCAUUUUCAUCAUGAUUUAUUUUCUGUUUGAGAGCAGCUGUGUUUUUUGAUAGGUUUAUGGUUAGCAUGAAUUAAUAUUUAAAGCGAUCCAGGCCAAUGCAUGGCUAUUGCUAAUAAAUCUUCAUGUUUAGUUCUGCCUUAUAAAAAUCUAUCAUGGCCUACCUGGAAUUUAAUGUUCAGCAGACAAAUUAAUUGGU